AUGGUAAUUUUACUACCGUUAUAUAAGAGCCUUCGUGAUCUUGUCAACUUGUAUAACUACUUUUUGGCUAUCUGGUCUCGGUUUGAAAUUGGAGCAAGGCUGGUCCCAGCUCAAGUCAUCGCUUUCAGUCGAGACAUGCGGCGAGGAAAUGAGAAAACGAGGAUAUUCUCAAAGAAGCUUCAACUCCUCUCAGAUAUUACAGGAGUGGCUAGGCCUGGUGUUCUGACAUCAUUGAUGGGUCCUAGUGGAGCAGGGAAAACUACUCUUCUUGAUGUUCUUGCAGGAAGAAAAACUAUAGGCUGCAUAGAGGGGGAAAUCAGAGUUGGUUGUUACCUCAAGGUUCAAGAAACAUUUGCAAGGAUAUCAGGCUAUUGUGAACUUACAGAUAUACGUUCUCCACAAAUCAUAGUAAAAGAAUCUUUGAUUUUUUCUGCUUGGCUGUGUCUUCCUGCUUGUAUCGACUCAAAAAUUAAAACUUUUGGAUGCAAAUGCUGCAGCAUUGUCAUGCGUGCAGUGAAGAAUGUAGCUGAUACAGGCAGAACAAUUGUUUGCACGAUCCACCAACCGAGCAUUGACAUAUUUGAAGCAUUUGAUGAGUUGAUUUUUCUGAAAACUGGUGGGAGUUUAAUCUACUUUGGACCAUUAGGACAGCAUUCAAGUAGGGUUGUAGAAUAUUUUGAGAGUAUACCUGGGGUGAUCAAAAUUAAAGAUAAUUGUAACCUGGCAACAUGGAUGCUAGAGGUCACUUCAACUUCUGUAGAGGCUGAGCUUGGAAUUGAUUUGGCCAAAAUUUACAAGAAUUCUGCCCUAUAUGAGCGCAACAAACAGCUUCUAAGGCACUUGAGUACUCCACCUCCUGAUUCAAGAGAUGUGCAUUUUCCAACGUGA